AUUAAGAUAAUCUUUUCUUGGUAUAUGUGUUCUAUAUCUAUAUCUAUACUUAAGCUUUAAUGUUGUCUCUGUUGAAUUAUAUUCAAACGUGUUUAAAACAAUGACAAAUUAGAACUUUUUAUUUGGUAUAAGCGCUUCCUUUUUCAACAGAGAUUUAAAGGUGACUUUUGUAUGUUCGCAUGAUGAAUGAUUUUUCCAUGAGGGUAGUAGACAUGUAGACAGGUAAAUGGAUACAACCUUUUCUAUAUUUUGUGAUUCAGAAUUUCUACACAAAUUUUGUAGCAAAUAAAGACAGGAACCUUACAAGCGACGACAGUAUAUAUAUCUUUAGUAUUACGGUUUAAUACGCUGACUUUCAACUUUCAUUUCAGAAAAUGACAGCAAUCAACGUACGAUUGACUAACAAUCACACUUCUCAUAACUUGAGUAGAAAUGACAUCAUUCAUUGGAUAAAUAGUAUCUUAAAUACAAACUACAACAAGAUCGAAGAGCUUUGUACAGGUGCUGCUUAUUGUCAAGCUGUUGAUAUACUGUUUCCUGGUAAAGUGCCACUCCAGAGAGUCAAAAUACAGACCAAACUCGAGCAUGAAUUUAUAAAUAACUUCAAAAUAUUACAGAAUGCCUUCAAUAAGACUGGAACAGACAAGAUAAUUCCAGUCGAACGUUUGGUAAAAGGAAGGUUUCAAGAUAAUUUCGAAUUUGUUCAAUGGUUCAAACUGUACUUUGAUGCAAACUGUAGAGGAAUGAAAUACAGUCAACCACAAAAUAGACCACAGUCUGUCAUUGCUAGACGAUCAAAAAGAACAUCAAGAAAUUCAAGUAAGAGCUCAGCCUCGUCUUCAUAUCGAGUAGAAUCUGGAGGUCGACCUAGUAGUGAAUUAGAUGUAGAACUUGAAGAACUUAGGCAGCAGAUUAUGGAUGUUAAAAUGGAUAAGGAAUCCUUAGAAAAAGAACGAGACUUCUACUUCGGUAAAUUACGUCAAAUUGAAGUCCUAUGCCAAUCUGAAGACUAUGAAGAAGAGCCAAUGUCAAAGCAUGUAAUGGAUGUGUUAUGUGCUUAUGAGGAUGGAUUCGAACCACCAGUGGAGGAAUAUGAAGAAUACUGACACGUUUCAGUACCCAGAGGAAUCAGAUAGUUAUCUGGAGGACUUUUAAUUAAUUUCUUUGUAAAUACAAUUGACGUCUUUGGU